AUGGGAGAAAAGAUUGAUCAACAGGUCUUCUAUGGUAGUAAAUGCAUGAAAGUAAUGCAUUACGAUGCUUGUUUGUCUACAAAAGCUCUUCUCUGCCUUGAAUUUUCUUGUAUUCUAAUUAACAAGGAGGAAGAAAUUAUGGGGUCUUCACUGGCGUUAACCCUCCUCGUGUCUUUCUUGAUUUGUUUGUUUCAAUUCACUCGUUGUGUUUCUUCAGUGCAGCCGCUAUGUCGUAGUGACGAGCGAUUUGCCUUGUUGCUAUUCAAGGAAAGCUUGGCUGUGGAUAAAGAAGCUUCUGCUGGUCCAUUUGCUUAUCCCAAGGCUGAUGGAUGGAAAUUUCAAGGGGUUGAUUGCUGCUACUGGGAUGGCAUCGAGUGUGACCAUAACACCAGUCAUGUGACUGCUCUUGAUCUCAGCAGCAGCUGCCUGUAUGGCUCCAUCAACUCCACCAGCAGCCUCUUCCAUCUCCUCCAUCUGCGAAAGCUUAACCUGGCAGACAAUGACUUCAACUCCUCUCAGUUACCAUCCAGACUGGGCAAUCUUUCGAUGCUGACAUAUCUUAAUCUCUCUACUUCUUCAUUUUCUGGUCAAAUUCCAUUAGAAAUUUCUUGGCUCUCCAGGUUGACUUCACUCGAUCUAUCAAACACGAUGAGGUUGGAAUUUGGCAUGUUUUCACACGGUGGACUGAAACUUGAAAGGCCGGAUUUCAAGAGCUUGAUACAAAAUCUAACCAGCCUGAAACACCUUCAUCUACGUCAUGUGGUUAUAUCUUCUCCGGUACCUAACAUCUUGGCGAAUUUGUCUUCUCUAUCAUCUCUUGAUCUCAGUUAUUGUGGAUUGUUGGGUAAGCUGCCAACGUCCAUUUUCCACUUACCAAACAUCCAGUUCCUUGAUGUAUCCAACAACUUGCAGCUCAGCGGUACAUUACCUGCAACUCUUUCAUGUAGGCGGCUUAAGUUUCUAUCAACGAGGUUUACAAGUUUGUCUGGUGUUUUACCUGCUUCCAUUGGGAACCUCCAUUCCUUGGAACUCUUGGAUGUUACUGCUUGUAAAUUCAGAGGGCCGUUGCCAUCUUCACUAGGUAAUCUGACCAACCUCACUGAAUUGGCCCUUCUAAACAAUUCUUUCUCCGGUGAUAUACCAUCUUUUUUGUCAAACCUCACUCGAAUGGGUUUUCUUUCACUUGGCAUCAACAACUUCAACCCCAGUAGCAUCCCCUCUUGGUUUUUUAACUUGAACCAGCUUCACGAGUUGCAUUUGCCCUUAUGUGGAAUUACAGGUCCCAUCCCAUCUUUCUUUGCAAACCUGACUCAGCUUGGUGUGUUGGACCUAAACCGUAAUCAACUUACUGGACGGUUUCCAGUAGGAAUUACAAACCUGACUCAGUUAGAAUGUCUCUCUCUUGGGACAAAUAUGAUGGAAGGGGCACUUCCAGACUCAAUUUUUGGGCUCGAGAAUCUCCAAAUUCUCGAGAUUUACUCAAAACAGAUUGAGUGGUAUAGUUGA